UGUGCUCAAUGGCGGUGGCAGUUUCGGCGGUAAAUACUGUGUUUUGAGUGUAAAAGCUCCCCCAUAUUUAAUCUCACGAGUAACACCACAAGACACCACAACAGAGAGCAGGCGCUAGAGCAUAUCUCUUGACUGUACUAUAUUUCCAAAGCCAAUGGCAGAACUUUUUGGGUUCAAACCUCCUUAAGGAGGGGCAGUGCACCACUCUGGAUUUCAUUUGAGCAAAGGGAGGCGAGGCUCUGAUGAUGGAGAAUGGACAGAGCACGGCCUCGAAGCUCGGCCUGCCCCCCCUCACCCCCGAACAGCAGGAGGCACUGCAGAAGGCAAAGAAAUAUGCCAUGGAACAAAGCAUCAAGAGUGUUCUGGUCAAGCAGACCCUUGCUCAUCAGCAGCAACAGCUCAGUAGCCUACAGAUCCCUAAUUCCCUUCAGAUGGCCUCAUUAACAAUGGGCUUUGGAGAUCCCCUCUCACCACUACAGUCUGUUGCAGCACAGAGGCAGCGGGCACUAGCCAUAAUGUGCAGAGUUUAUGUUGGGUCCAUCUACUAUGAGUUAGGAGAGGACACCAUCAGACAGGCUUUUGCUCCCUUUGGUCCCAUAAAGAGUAUUGACAUGUCCUGGGACUCAGUUACAUUGAAACACAAGGGUUUUGCAUUUGUAGAGUAUGAAGUACCAGAAGCCGCACAGCUGGCUUUAGAACAGAUGAACUCUGUCAUGCUGGGUGGUAGAAAUAUUAAAGUGGGGCGACCGAGCAACAUUGGGCAGGCUCAACCAAUCAUAGACCAGCUAGCCGAAGAAGCGCGCGCCUUCAACCGAAUUUACGUGGCAUCUGUGCAUCCUGAUUUGUCAGACGAUGACAUUAAGAGUGUGUUCGAGGCCUUCGGAAGAAUCAAGUCCUGUAUGCUGGCGCGAGAGCCCACCACGGGAAAACACAAAGGCUAUGGCUUCAUAGAAUAUGAUAAGGCCCAGUCUGCGCUAGAUGCCGUGUCCUCCAUGAACCUCUUUGACUUGGGUGGCCAGUACCUGAGAGUGGGUAAAGCAGUCACGCCUCCCAUGCCCCUUUUGACACCAGCAACGCCGGGCGGCCUGCCCCCUGCCGCCGCCGUAGCUGCAGCAGCCGCCACAGCCAGAAUAACUGCCCAGAUGGCAUGGAAUCUGUCCCAGCCGGAGAAUCGUACAGAAGACUUCCUCAACUGUCUGGAAGCAGUAGCGGGAGCAUCUAUCCUGGGAGCGAUGACCGCGGGGACGGGCCUGAAUAUGCCCCAGAUCCCUCAGGCCGUCAUGGCAGCUCAGGCGCCAGGGGUCAUAACAGGGGUGACGCCAGCCCGUCCCACACUUCCUGUUGUGCCUCAGGUGGGCCUUGUGAACCCAGUGUUGGCCUCUCCACCGUCACUUUCAGCUGCUGUGGCUGCAGCCCAAGAGGCCAAGAAGGAGAAGGAAGAUGAGGAAUCCGCUCAAGAUGGCACAGGUCAGGAGAUGCUCAGUGAACAGGAGCACAUGAGCAUCUCGGGCAGCAGUGCCAGGCAUAUGGUCAUGCAGAAACUGAUGAGGAAACAAGAGUCUACAGUUAUGGUGCUCAGGAAUAUGGUUGGUCCUGAGGACAUCGAUGAUGAUCUUGAAGGAGAAGUGACAGAGGAAUGUGGGAAAUUUGGAGCUGUUAAUAGAGUGAUUAUUUACCAGGAGAAGCAGGGUGAGGAGGAGGAUGCCGAAGUCAUUGUGAAGAUCUUUGUAGAGUUUUCAGCAGUGUUUGAAAUGAACAAGGCCAUUCAGGCCCUUAACAACCGCUGGUUUGGAGGUCGAAAAGUAGUGGCGGAGGUGUACGAUCAAGAUCGAUUUGACAACAGUGACCUCUCUGCAUAGACUGUCAAAAAUACAUCUUUAUAAUCCACUCUCUAUCCCUAUUUUUCCUCUCACUUACACAGACACAGCUGCCUGACACUAUUCCCUGUGGUGCAGGUCUCUUUAUGACUUGUAAUUAUUUUUUAGCAAUGUUGAUAUUAAUAUUAUUAAUGACCCAUUUUGGGGAUAGAGGCAAGAAAACAGUCAUGGAUUUUUCUUUUUUAUUAUUGUUGUUGCUGUUCCUUAAUGUAAAUGACUGGAUGCCCCCUCUUGGUAAUUGGUUUAACACCCUGCCACAUCCCUGAAAUAUUCUAAUUUGCCUAUUAUAAUGCUCAUGGUUUCAAAUGUCAAGAAAAAUAAAUUCAAGUAUGAUGCUUGGGUCUUUUGCAGUCCUUUCUCUUUAAGACCCUUUUAUAUAUAAUAUAUAAAAUUGUCUAGAGGUGUGUCUUAGACUUUUAACUGGAACUGCAAUUGAUUAGUUUUUAUAAAACAAUGUGAUUUAAUAACUUUGAAAGAUAUAAAUGCAGCCUAGAAGGAAGAAAAGUUUAACCUAUUGCACAUGUUGAUGUUUCUGAGUUUAAAUCAAACAUUGAAUGUUUUACCAGGGGUUGUUUAAACUUUCCAUUUGUACUUUGAUAGCAGCAAAAAAGCAAAAACAAAUGGUGAACCUAGAGUCAAAUCAACAUCAAGAUGAUUCAUCAAAUUAGCCUGAUUUUUACUUUUCAAAUAGGUUAGGAAAUGUGGCUAUCCUUAAAUCCAACUCUGUAAAUCCAGGGUUCCCAUGGUCAUAGAAAAUCUGUAAAUAUCAGGGAAAUUUAAAAUUGUGAUUUCAAGGCCUUGAAAAGUCAUGGAAAUUAACAAUCUUCAUAGUCACAGUAAAAUAAUUAGAAAUCAUAAUUUUUUGAAUACAUUUUUAUUAUGUUCUGUCUGGGUGAUACGUUGCACUGGAUUAAAAAAACAUGGUAAAGAGUUUAAAAUAGAUCAUGUUACUUAGAAUACCUGACCAAUAAGAGACAAC